AUGGGUAGUGAAAGUAUCAAACCACCAGCGUACUAUUAUCCAAGAUCUCCACUGAGGCCAAUUUUAAAGAGACAAGCGUCCUAUCCAAAUUCUUCCGCACCCAUACAGACAGGUUAUCCUGAAAAUAUAACUAAUCAGCCUUUAGAACCUACUCAAAACGCUAUUCCACAGGUAUAUACUUCCCAAACACAAGUGGAAGAGUAUCGACCAGAAAAUUCUUCACCAACCCAUAAGUAUCAUAGCCAUCACCAUCAUAAUAAUUCUAUUCAUGUUCAUCAUCAUCCACCACCACAGCUUCCAAUUCCUUCAGACCGUGCAACACAAACAAAUCCUUCUGUAUUCUUUAGAGCCGAUGACUCAUUGCAAAUAUCCAACGCGGCUUUUACAAAAACAAUGCGAGUCACUCCUUCAUUCCUUCGAGAUAGUUCCUGUUCAUUUGAUGACGAUGAUUUUUCAAGUACAAACCCGCCACCUGCCACUUUAGCUCAAAAAUCUACACCUUCUACUACAGUUCAACAAUACCCGUCUACUGGUGCGAAUAAAAACCAUUAA